AGAUAAAAGAAUAUCAUUAUCCCUAAUAUCUUUCUAUAUUCCUCUGUAUAUUCAAUUGACAAAAUGUCCAUAACAUAUUCAUUUUUUGCUGGUGUUUUUCUCCUUGUUUCAUUCAUAACAAGCUCUAUAGCCCAGACUAGUAUGUCUCAAUGUGUCCCUUCUUCCUGUGGCGAAAUUCGCGAUAUAAAAUUCCCCUUCCGAUUGAGGACUGACCCUGAGCAUUGUGGCAAACAUGAAUACGAACUCGAUUGCCAGAACAAUCAAACCUUCUACACUUACAAGUCCAGAAAAUUCUACGUGCAGGAAAUUAACUACACAAGCUACAUGAUUAGGCUACUCGAUCCUGGCCUAAAAGAUCAGAACGAAAAUUGCUCUGUUUUCCCUGAUUACAGAGCAAACUACGGAGGCAUAACUAGCGAAAUCUUCCAAUUGAUUCAUAUUAACAAUAGCAUUAACUAUGUCAACUGUCGAACUCCUAUCAACUCAUCACAAUACAUUCCAACGACUUUUUGUAGAACAAAUACAACUUCGCCCAACGCCAAUUUUAGUUAUCUUGUCUUAAAAGAAAUAUGGCAAGCUUCGGAUUUGGAAAACGGUUGCAAGGUUGAAACUGUGGCAUGGUCCUCAGCUCCAGGUAUUUUUACAAACAAGUCGCCUUCGUUAGCAAGUACUCAUCAAGCCCUGGCUUAUGGCUUUGAGGUUUCAUGGAAGUACGGUUUGCUAUGCAGAGAGUGUGAAGCGAGUGAUGGAUCUUGCUAUCUUGAAGACAACAGCGAUGUUGUAACUUGUAUUCAUUAUUGCAAAGAGGACAUUCCCGUUUCUGAACGUUCUUUCGGUUGCAAAAUCGAGUACUAUUCUGUUUUUGUAUUGGCCUACGGCGCUAUAGCAAUAGAUGCACUUAUUGUGCUAAGAUACAUAGUGGGAAUCGCAAUCUUGAUUGCAGUUGUGGUGUGGCAGUGCAAAAGGCGGAAUUUGAACACAUCCAACGAUGAUAUUUUGGGGAAUAAAGCUUCUUCUAGUGAACAGAAUUGUUAGGAUUCUUUGAUUUUACGCUCUAUCGUCAUAGUAUUUGUUAGUAUUCACGUACAAUCCAAGCCAUUAUAACAGACGCUUUUGUGUAUUUUGUUUAUAACUCUAGGACAAGGUCAAUCUAUUUACUGCUAGAAUUUUUGUUUCCAGUUUAGUCCUGUAUUGUAUUUCUUCCUUUAUUAUUUAUUUGAUUGUAUA